AUAGGAAAAUAUAUAACAAAUAAUGUAUUUAUAAAAUUUUAUAAGAUUUUAUUAUAGAGAAAAUUGGUAAAAAUACAUUUUAGUGCAAAUGUGUCGUCAGCUACAGAUGAUGUAUUGCGUUAUGCUAGAUAGGUGGCAGCAAAUCUCGCGUGAGGUUUAUCAUCGCCCUCACUGAGCCACAGAAGAAGCGCCUGAAGUCAUGGAGGCGGCAACAGUGAAAACGAUCUGUGUAAUCAUUAAAAACGACAUAGAUAUAUAUUAAAAUCAGAUCUAGGGUAUUUUCGGGAGACGGACAGUACAUUGUCGUCGUAUCUUUGACACGUUGUGAACACCCUUGGCAUGGGUUUGUUGUUUUGCUAGCUUGCAUCCGCUGCUGUUGUCAACGGCUCGCCUGUCUCAGCAACACAACCCAAACAGUAGAGAAUAUCAGAAUGGCUCAUUGGAGCAGGUUUGAAAAAGAGCUGGAGUUGGAGACCAAGAGACUCCUCUCACAUUUAACUGGUAUUCAAGAUGAGGAAGAUCAAAACUUUCAAAUGGCUCUCAAGUUUACCUGGUCCAAUUUUAAGUUUCAUCGGUUUCUUGAUGUUAACAGGCACAACGUACAGCGCUCCAUCAAUGGGAUUCAUGAGAAACUCAUGAUCCACUCUGACUUGAGCAAAGCAGAGAGCUGGAAGCGACUGACUGAAGAAUUCCUCAAUUCUCCUCUUCCUAAUACUGAAGGAACCAAGACUGAUGCCCACUACAGUAUGGUGGCUUUAUUACUGCACCUGUCUGACUCUCCAUCCAACACUAACUACUGUGAAAGACCCAGACUAAAGGAAACGGAGAAAGAGGACAAGUUUGAUUGGGCAAAAUUCUUAAUGGAAGGGGAAGAUAUUGAUACCGGACCCUUUCCAGAUACACCAGAAUGGUCUGAGGAUGAAAGUGAAGAGGAAGACAGUCAACAGCCCUUGAGCCGAGAGGAUUCUGGGAUACAGGUGGACAGAACCCCACAGGAGGAUCAUGAGCAAAACGACAAGACUGUCCAAGUCACCUGGACUGGUGUGGGUGAGCCUGACUGCAGGGCCUGGUUGGAGCAGCAUAUUGUGACCUCAUAUUGGGUUCCCAACUCUCCUCGCUUCCCACACAGCCUUCAUCUGCAUUCCAACCUUUACAAUGUCUGGGAUCAGCACCUUUAUAACACGGGACCUCUUUACUUGCCAGAGGAGAAGUCUUUUGUUACGGAAACGCAAGUGAUUCGGGAAACGCUGUGGCUUCUUUCUGGUGUGAAGAAACUUUUCAUUUUCCAGCACAAUGAUGGCAAGGUGACCGUGAGGAACGAUGUGGUGGUCACACAUCUAACUAAUAAUUGUCUUCACUCAGUCCUGGAGCACAUAGCGGCUUAUGGACAGGCCGUUUCCCGACUGCAGAAGUUCAUUGACGAAGUGACGGGCCACAGUGCAGAGCCCUGCCCUCCAGGUCUUAACCCUUUAUCCUCAUCCUCCAAGAAGAGCUCUGAACCUCCUUUCAGGACUUACCAAGCAUUUGUGUGGGCCCUGUAUAAAUACUUCACUACCUUUAAAGAAGAACUUAAUGCUAUUGAAAAAGACAUAAUUGGAAAAGAUGAGACUGUGACCUUGUCUGCUGUUCUGGAACGAUUAAGUCCUCAUCUGGCCCAGAUUACGGUGCUUCACAGGGUUUUCUGCACAGGGGUGGCUGAGGUCCCGUCUGGAACGCCCAAUGUGUUACGAGCUUCACACUUACUCAACACCCUCUACAAGGCCAUCAUUGAGUAUGACAGUGUGGGUGAAGCAUCUGAACAGUCUGUGGCACUCCUUUUCUCUCUUUGGGUAGAAACAGUCCGGCCAUAUCUUGAGAUCGUAGAUGAAUGGAUUGUUCACGGUCAUUUAUUUGAUCCCGCCAAAGAGUUUGUUAUUCAAAGGAACAAGGAUGUUCCAGUAAACCACAGAGACUUCUGGUAUGCCACUUACACGCUGUACAGUGUGUCUGAAACCGUGGAGAAUGAGGAGAGGCUCAGUGACGCAGCCAGCGGAAGUUCUGGAGGAGAGCAGACGUCCAGCAGUAAACCCCACACCAUGGUGUCCUUCCUCAAGCCUGUCCUCAAGCAGAUCAUCAUGGCUGGGAAAUCCAUGCAGCUGCUGAAGAACCUGGACUGCAAGCAGACCGAGCAGCCGGAUGGCUCCUCCAGAGAUGCUGAAAGGAAGAGUCUAUACACGCUUUUUCUGGAGUCAGUUCAGACACGCCUUCGCCAUGGAGAAGAGUCGCCCACAAAUACGGUUACGGAGCAACAGACCACUAAGAAGAGCCUGAUCAAGAUGCAGUCCAUCGUAGCACGUCAUUUGGAGCUGGAUGACAUCCAUGACCCCCUGCUGGCCAUUAAUUUUGCAAGGCUAUAUUUAGAGCAAAAUGACUUUCAUGAGAAAUUCUCUGGUGGCAGUGUGAUUUUGGACCGCUCCUCUGAGUCAGUAACGUGUCAGACGUUUGAGCUCACACUGCGGUCCUGUCUCUACCCACAUAUUGAAAGGCGAUACAUCGAGUGCUGUGGGAACCUCAUGAGAACUCUGAAAAAAGACUACAGGCUGCUGGAAUACUUGCAGGCCAUGAGAAACUACUUCCUGUUGGAGGCUGGAGACACCAUGUACGAUUUCUACACCGCAAUCUUUGACAAAGUUUUGGAGAAGGAGAGCUGGCAGCAGCUGGCGUUCCUCAACGUGCAACUUCAAGAGGCUGUCGGACAGCGCCACCCAGAGGACAGCAGCCGGUUGUCAAUAUUUCUUGAAACCAUUGACCCUGGGAGAAAAAAACAGCCAGUGAAUAACCUUGAUGGUCUUACAUUGAGUUAUAAGGUUCCAUGGCCUGUAGAUAUUGUUAUCAGUUCAGAGUGUCAGAAAAUCUAUAAUCAGGUUUUCCUACUGCUACUUCAAAUCAAAUGGGCUAAAUAUAGUCUGGACACAUUGCGAUUCAGUGAUAUGACUGUAGCUGCUAAGAAGCAAGAGAGUUGCCAGUCUGAAGCAAGCACAAGCAAAGAGCCGGUAAACCAGCAGAUUCACAGGAUGUUUCUCCUGAAGGUUAAACUCAUGCACUUUGUCAACAGCCUGCACAACUACAUUAUGACAAGGAUCUUACACAGUACAGGUUUAGAAUUUCAACACCAAGUACAGGAGGCAAAGGACCUGGACCAGCUGAUCAAAAUCCACUACAGAUAUUUGUCCACCAUUCAUGACCGAUGUCUGCUCCGAGAGAAAGUCAGUUUUGUUAAGGAGGCCAUCAUGAAAGUGCUCAAUUUAGUUUUGAUCUUCUCAGACAGAUGGCAGGCUGGUUUUGGGGCAUGGAAAAUCGAAUCGAUUGACAAAAUGGAGUCGGAUUUUAAAAACUGUCACAUGUUUCUGGUGACGAUUUUAAACAAGGCUGUCUGCAGAGGCUCAUUUCCUCACUUGGAGUCUUUGGCGCUGUCGCUGAUGGCCGGGUUUGAACAGUGUUAACAGAACAUGGUACUACAAUCCAAUGCAAUGAACACACGACAGAUAUUUAUUGUACUGAUGUAUGACAGCUGCUGUAUUGUUGUUGUUGUUUGUUGUCACCAGCAUGUCUGACAUCAUAUACAUACGAGAGAGACAAAUCACAAUAGUUUUCAUUGCUACAGAAGUAACAGUUUGAGUGAAAUGUGUGUUAAAUUGGUCUGAUACUUAAUGCAUUCUGUUUUGUGGAAAAUCAUACUGUUGGGUGUAAAACAUAAAUGUCAGAUAGGAGAUAGUGUGAGAUGGGUAUGCCAUAAGAAAUUCAAUGUGCAGGUGAUCUGAUAAUCUAUAACGCCAUUAGGACGUCCUAACAAAAGCUCAAAUGUAAAUAUUGUACAUAAUUUAACCUAACUAUGAAAUUUGCAGACUACAUUUGUAGUUUUUGGUUUGUUUAGGCCUAUGUAUGUGUUGUUUUGACUUAAAGCUGUAUGGAAAGUUGCAUAUAUAUUAAAGU